UUGCGAGCGCUCGCCUUUGUGUGCAGGCGGCGGCGCUUGCGACGCGCACACAGCGCAGGUGCGGCGCGAGGUCGCGCGGACCUUCCUUGGGCAGACUCCGUGCGGGAGCGGUCAAUCGAUCCCGCGCUCCGCUCGCGGCCACUCCUGUCCCGCUGACAUGUGCGCGCGCGCGUGGGCGCCCGCGCUGUGCGCGCUGGCCGCGGCCGCCGCCGCCGCCGCCUCGCUGCUGCCUCUGGACGCCGAGCGCCUGCACGCCAGCGUCGGGGGCUUCGCUGUCAUGAAUUGUCACCUUGACUUUCCCUUCGGCAACGAGAUUCCUUAUCACUUGCAAUGGGAUAAAGAUGGAGACACGAUAUUCUCGUGGUACAGCGGCGCGGGCACGGCGCGCGUGGCGGACCGCUGGGGCGGGCGCGUGCGCCGCGUGCUGGACGGGCGGCUGGGGCUCGGCCGCGGCUCCAUCAACGUGAGCGCCGUGCGCGAGACCGACGCCGGCCUGUACCGCUGCCGCGUCACCUUCCCCAACCGCACGCCGCCCGCGCGCAACAACGGCACCUUCUACUACCUCGACGUGGACGGAGGUAAUCUGAUAGUGACGCCGCCAAUGAACGUGACCGUGCUGGAGGGCGAGCGCGCCGAGCUGGAGUGCCUGCCGAAGAGUCCCGAGGCGGCGGUGGAGUGGUUCCGGGAGGGCACGCCGCUAGGCGAGCUGCCCGAGCUGGCGCUGCGCGCGGAGCGGCCCGCCAACGGGUCCCUGGUGCUGCGGCGCGCCGCGUCGGGGGACCCCGGCGAGUACGAGUGCCGCGUGCAGGACCCUGCCGGCGCCACGCAGAGCGCCAGCGCCUUCCUCGACGUGCAGUAUAAAGCCAAAGUAGUGUAUGCUCCGAAGGAACGCUACCUACCGUACGGCAAGCCCGCAAGUCUGGACUGCCACUUCAGUGCUAACCCACCGUUGACUAAUUUGCGCUGGGAAAAGGACGGCUUCCUCUUUGACCCCUACAAUGUCCCUGGAGUGUUCUAUAGUAGGAAUGGAAGUUUGCUGUUCAAUCAGGUGGACGAGUCGCACGAGGGCGAGUACUCGUGCACGCCGUACAACGCGCUGGGGUCGGAGGGCGCGUCGCCCGGCGUGCGCGUGCGCGUGCAGCGGCCGCCGGCGCUGGGCGCGCGCCCGCAGCCGCUGUACGUGGCGCGGCUCGGCGCCACGCUCACGCUGCCCUGCGCCGCCGCCGCGCGCAACCACCACGACCGCCCGCUGGUGCGCUGGGCGCGCAAGGACGGCGCCGAGUUGCCGCCGGGCCGCCACCACCUGGACGACGGCAACCUGACCGUGGUGGACGUGGCGGAGGAGGACCGCGGCGUGUACGUGUGCACGGUCAGCAACGAGGCCGCCACCGUCGACGUGGAGACCGAGCUGCUGGUGGAGAACGUGCCGCCGCGCGCGCCCUACAACCUCACCGUGCGCGCGCACACCGACUCGCUGCACCUCGCCUGGGUGCCAGGUCAUAAUGGUCUGGAAGUGGACUACAACGUUUGGUAUCGCGAGCGCACCGUCAGCGAGUGGCGCACCAUGAAGAUCUUGACGAGAGGCGUCACCGAGGCCACGCUCGUCGGCCUGCGCCCCGGCACCGAGUACGAGCUGCGAGUGCUCUCGCAAGACCUCAUCGGCGACGGCCUCUUCAGCAAACCCGUAUUCGCAAGAACGCUGGGUUCAACCGACGGAGACGUAGGCGAAACCGAAAACGCUGCAGAGGUCGAGGAGACGAUGGAAGCAAUAGAAGGAGAGCAGAUCGCUUAUGCCGCUCCCACCACCGAGGAGAGCGCCGGCUCGGGCGACGGCGCCGAGCUGGAGGUGACGGUGCGGCUCAUCGACGACGGCGCGCUGGUGCGCUGGCGCCGCGAGCCGCUCGACCAGUCGCGCUGCACCGUGCGCUGGUACGAGGGCGCCGCGCCGGGCGAGCGUCUGCUGGCCACCGGCCACACGCUGCACGACUACAUGCUCGUGAGCGGCGCGGAGGAGGGCGCGCAGUACUGGGCGCGCGUGCAGUGCGCGAGCGGCGCGCGCGGCGGGGCGGCGCUGCGCGUGCCGGAGUACGCGCGGCUGCGCGGCGUGGCGGCGGGCUGCGCGGCGGCCGCGCUGCUGCUGGCGGCGCUGGCGGCGGCGCUGUACGCGGCGCGGCGCCGGCUGUGGUCACGGGCGGCCCCGCGCUGCGACAAGCGCGCGCGCUGACGCCGCGCCGGCGGCCUCGUCCCUGUGAUCUAUAUGCACUCUUUGACUCUUCGUGCCGUGUAUGGAUGCUUUUUUGAAGUUGAUGUUGUUAUUUAUUAAAGUAUGUCUGGGUAUGAAGUAGAAACUAGUUGAUUAAUAUUUUAUUUUUUUCUUAGGUAAUAAGCUGAUGUUGUAAAAUAAAAAAAAAACAACCUUA